UCCUUCCAGAAACGGCAGCGAUGGCUGCGGGUUGCAGCAAAACGUUUACCUCCAAGUACGAGGAGGAACUGUACUACGACGUGGAGUACGAAGAGUUUUGUAAAAACUUUGAAUUUUCGAAUUCAUCAACCUGUUGGAUAUGCAACGGAUACUACGGAUCGAGCUACGGGGAACCGCUGUGCGGUACGUGCCAUUCUUUUAUUUUCCCCAACCACCCGAACGGAGAAGCCGAGGGUCUGGUGACGGAGGUGUCGGACGAUGAGGAUUCCGGCAACGACGAACCGCCCGAGAACGGUUCGGAAGCGAAGGACCGCUCGGACGACGAUCCGGGAUUUGACGACUUGGAACGACCGCGGCCUUCGGCACCGCGCAAUCUGAAUCAGUAUUUGGAUAUGCUGUCGCAGCCGCGCGAAUCGGACGAAUCGCACCAACAGAUCUGUGCCCUGCCCGUCGAAGUGUUGCUAUCGAUAUUUUCGUACCUCGACGAUUUGUCGCUGUGGAACGCGAGCGUGGUGUGCAAGCAGUGGAAGCGAAUACUGGAGGUGCACAUACCGCAGCAGAUGUGGAAGAAGUACACCAAGGAACGCUGGCCACUGUUUCAGCAGAUUUCAACCAUUCCCAACUGGCUACAUAUGUACGGUGCUCUGAUGAAUUCCUGUUUCUGUCGCACCUGCCUCAUUCAGAUGGCACUCAAAACGCCAAUGCGAGGCCGGGUGAACCACAUCCGGGCCAACCGGCUCCGUGGUGACAUCCGUUCGCUCGAUCUCGAUGCAACCGAGGGUAUCGAUGCGGUCGCGCUAGACAAUCAGCUGUUCCACUGGCAGGCGUCCAUUCUUGGGCCCGCCGGUAGCCCGUACGAGGGUGGCAAGUUUUUCCUCUACAUCAUUAUACCCCCUUCGUACCCGAUGCUACCACCGCAGGUACGGUUUCUCACGAAAAUCGUUCACCCGAACGUGUCGCGCCAUGGUGACGUUGGAAUCGAUAUCAUUCAGCACAACUGGUCUUUGGCGCUGACCAUCUCGAAGCUGCUCCUUUCCGUACAAAGUCUUUUGACGGAUCCAUUCACCCAGAUUUGCAUGGAACCGGAACUGGGACGUAUGUACGAAAACGAUAGACCAAAGUUUGAAGCGCUCGCGCGACGUUGGACGUGGAAGUACGCCAUGUAUGAAGUGUUACCACCACUGGAAGGACUCACAUAGAUACGGAUUCGGCUGCGGGCCGGUUUUUCCGAAUGGAAUAUUUUCUUCGAUGUUCGUGAAACAUGCUUGCACAUUGCGCAUAGCCAUUCCCUCCUCUGGGUGUGAUGUUUAGAUUUUUGUUUGCCAUCUGGGGGAAACAGCACAAAUCUGUAGGUGGUACCAUACAGAACGGUACCAUCGUCUUUGGUUUCCCUGAAAUAUUGCUAUAAUUGUGCGCUUGGUAGUCUGCACUGCUUCUCUACGUUCCUUUAGUUACGGAUGAUUUAUUUAAAAAAAAUAUUCUUCAGCCCAGUAAACCUUUCUAUGUAGGUCAUUAAAUUAUUACUAUUGCUCAAUCCAUCGCAAUGUAUAUUUUUGGAUCCCUGUUUAACGAACUUGACUGCCCUAGCCAUGGCAGACGUAAAUCAAUGCACAUUUCACAGAUAGAAAUCUUUUUUCGAUCUAGAAGGCAUGGCAUACACGAAGUUUACGAAUAGAAGAGGCUUUUGCUUGACAUAUUCGAGUUACUGCAGUCGGCGGUGCGAGGAAUUCCGUUCGUGCGGAACGUUUUCCAACAUCCUUAUCAAAUUUAUUGUUUCCAACCUUUGCAGCGCAACGGUAGACGACACGGUCACAAGAUUGUGAGUAUAGUACACAAUAAGACGCGGUAUUAACCUAGUGAAAGGAAAACUUGUAUACAUUACACCCUCAAACAGCAGUAGGAGAGUAGGGAAAGGACACGGCUGACAAUUCCCUCGGUAUAUUCGAUCCAUUCCCAUGUGGGUUUUUGAUAAUAAAUAACAAAUAAGUCGACCGAGACAACAUGA